AUGCAGAGCCUUGCUAUUAAACGUUCUAGGGAGGAAGACAAGGCAGGCGAUGCCUCGGAGGAUGAGCUGACGUUAAGGAGAAAAAGGGUUAGACCCCUAUGCCUCCGCCCUGUACCCCAAUCAACGGAAUCCCAUGGCUUCACAGCCUUGCCCCUGACUCCCACGACAACAGAAGACCGAUGGAAUGACAAUGAUACCACCGAGAGGUUGGAGGGACAGCCGAUACAUAUAUCUACCGACCUCUCCUCCGGAAGUAAUCGGCAAAUUGAAGCCGACACCGACAUGAACAUGAUGGACUGCGUGUCCCCGGAGCAUUCUAUGGAACCUGUAUGGCCUACCACUUGCCAUAGCACUGAACACAUGGGCUGUAAUUUUAGCAGCAGCCUCGGCUCCACAGAAACAAGUAUAGAAGUUAGCCAAACGUGUAAUAUGGCUUCCUCUACCAACUCAUCCAUGGGUCCCGCCUCCAUUGGUAAUCUGCACACUCCGGCACCUACUAUUACGAAUCCAGCAGCUUCCCGCUUUCCCAGUCCCAUAAGCGAAUAUCAAGCUGAGACGAAAAGCCACACGGGCAAAUUUACCUUAAACCCCUUCCAAUCCGACGCCCAUUUAGACGAUACAAGCAUACGUUCGAAUUUAUCUCUGUACAGUUCUGUCUCUUUGGAACCCUCCAAUAAAGCCAACGAUCUACAGGCAACCUGUUCGGCCUUGCAUCUCUCGACGAACCCGGAAGCUGACACUUUUGAGAAGUGUUCUGAUUCUGCAACUAAUGGUAAUAUGAACUUGAUGACAAAGUCGCCUAGGAAAGCUACCAUAGCCAUGGGGUUUCGAGCCGAUUGCGACAAGUGUCAGCGCAGGGAACCGGGCCACUAUAGCCAUAUCGUCUAUUCCUAG